ACAGCGCUGGCGAGUGAUGCACCGAAGCAUCCACCACUCUCCAUUCCCAAGUUGACCAGUCAAAAUCAACCCGCUAGUCAAAGUUAGAAACCGAAUUAUAUCACCUGAUCGGCUGAGCACAAAAUCAAACAACAAACCACUACAAAAGUCUGAAAGUCUGAACUCUGAAGGCUCCCUCUGUAUUCUGCAAUGGCAGGAGUCGGAGGAGAAGCCGGCGAGCUGCAGCUGCUGGGCGCUUGGAUGAGCCCCUAUGUGAUCCGCGUGAAGGUGGCCCUGCAGAUGAAGGGGCUCAGCUACGACUACAUCGAGCAGGACCUGCAGCACAAGAGCGACCUCCUGCUCAGCUCCAACCCGGUGCACAAGAAGGUCCCCGUGCUGAUCCACGACGGCCGGCCGGUGUGCGAGUCGCUCGUCGUCCUCGAGUACGUCGACGAGGCGUGGGCCGGGACCGGGCCGCCCCUCCUCCCCGCCGACCCCUACGACCGCGCCGUCGCUCGCUUCUGGGCCACCUACGUCAACGACACGUUUUUCCCGUCGUGGAGGCCGUUGUUGAGGGCGACGACGGCGGAGCAGAGAGCGGAGGCGUUCGAGAACGUGCUUCCUCAGGCGGAGGCGCUGGAGCGGGCGUUCAGGGAGUGCUCCAAGGGCAAGGCCUUCUUCGGCGGCGACGCCGUCGGGAUCGUCGACCUCGCGCUCGGAAGCUUCGUGGUGUGGGUCAGGGUGGUGGACGAAUUGAGCGGCACCAACCUGCUGGACGAGGCCAGAGUCCCGGGCCUGGCGGCGUGGGCCGAGCGAUUCAUGGCCGUGGACGCCGUGGAGGAGGUGAUGCCCGAGGCAGGGAAGAUCAUGGAGCACUACAAGGGGUUUCUGGCCAAAUUGGCUGCACCGGCUGGUUCUAGCUAAUUUUCGUCAGUGAUACUGCAAUGUACUAUGAGAAAUAGUUAAGCUCUCCUUAGAGGUGUGCGUGUUGAAUAAAGAGAGCUAAAUGUGAGACAUUUUCUCUGUGUUCAGAUGUAAUUGUGUUUAAUAUAGAGAUUGAAGUGGAAUGAUUAAUGUA